ACCAAUACCAUCUUGUAUACCUAUUCGCUCGUGACGCAUCAGAGGGGCACCUAAUGUGACCACGGUAGAACAUUAACGGAGGAGUUGAUUGGAAUAUAUAUAUGGCCUACCAUGAAGAAGACAUCGUGCUCCACGAAAAAUGCGCUUCCCACUUACCAAGCUCUUGAUUACCCUUAUACUUGUCGCAUCACCAUCUACCGCGAAAAAAUGCGAGAUUAGUCCUUUGGGGGAAGGUGCUGAUGAUACAGAACAAGUCGAGAGAGCCAUUGAGGAAUGUGGGCGACACGGUUGGACUGUGCUCAAUCCCGGACUGUAUAACAUUACCAGAAAGAUGACGUGGGAUUUGCAUUCAUCCAAGGUCGAUCUGUACGGGUAUUUGAGCUUUCAACCGGACAUCGAGUAUUGGUUAGAUGCAGAGAACACGUACAGGGUCGUUUUCAUACAGAGCCAAGCCUCGUGGUUUGUUGUGACAGGAACCGACUUCAUCAUCGACGCGCAUAACGAGGGUGGUAUCCAAGGUAAUGGACAGCCAUGGUGGGAGUACUUCACGACACACACUAGGGCUGACGGUGAUGGUCGACCUCUAUCUCUGACUCUCUACCGUGCAACCAAUUCUGUGGUGAAGAACUUUCGCAUUGAAUCCCCCCCAUUCUGGUGUAACGCUGUAGCCGAGUCGAGCGGCGUAAGAUAUGAAGGGAUGCUCUGCAACGCAACCAAUAGCAAUCCAGUGUUUGCAGGUCAGAAUAUUGUUCCUAAUACGGAUGGGAUAGACACAUAUCGAAGCGACAAUGUUACGCUGCUGGAUUGGGAUGUAACAUGCGGGGAUGAUUGCUUGGCUAUUAAAGGAAACUCGACCAACAUACUCGCUCGAAACAUUACCUGUCGCGGAGGGAACGGGAUUGCAUUUGGUUCCUUGGGGCAAUAUUACAAUUUGAGCGACAUUGUCAACAACGUUCUUAUGGAGGACCUGCGAAUGGUGAGAUUAGACACAAAUGUGCAGCCUAACAUGGCAAACGGCGUUUACUUCAAAACUUGGACUGACACCGUUAACGGAUCCCCGCCGACAGGCGGUGGCGGAGGAGGAGGUUUUGUAUCCAAUAUUGUUGCCAAGAACGUGGUUUUGGACCGGGUCAACCAGCCGCUCCAUUUGUAUCAAACGAACAAUGGACACAGCGGUGAUCUGCCGUCUCAGCUUACUUUUGCGAACCUACAGUUUCUGAAUUGGAGCGGGACCGCACUAACCAAUGAGAUUGUAGACAUCGAGUGUAGUACAGGCUGCGAUGGUGUAUUCUUUGACGGCUUUGAUGUUGAGGGGCCUGAAAACGAGGCACCAGAGUACAUUUGCCGGAAUGUUACGGACCUGGAGGGAUUAGCCGGUAUGUUUGUUUUCCCAGGAACUUGUACGUCCUCAAUGAUUCUGUUCAGCACCUUGCAACGAGACUGGAACAAUAUGAAUAAAUGAUGCGGUUGCAAUAAACUUCGAAGCUUACUUUUACGAUGGUGGCGUUGUUGCACAACAGUUCGA